CAGAAGGGUCAUUAGACAACACACCAGCUUCCAACCACUGACAACGACACAAAUAAACCAAAACGCGAGAUGGUGCAGAGCGAACCAACGCAGAAUGUGUAGCAUCGGUUAACUGGGACACGAAUGAAGUUUUUAAUGGACCGUUUUUUCGCGUUCAGUGUGGAGGGAGUUCGCGACGAGCAGUUGGAGUAUUAACGGGAAGAUCUCCGAAACACUCUCUCUGUCUGAAUCAUUUCUGUAGACGAGGACUUGCAGGAUUUACAAGAGACAAUAUUCUACUUGGAAACAUGGAGCAUCAGUGGCAAUAUUGAAAAACAUCUUCUAUAUUAAAGGAGGGAUCACGGACAUCUACUGUGGAAUACGAAAUUAAAACCAUCAAGAGCGCAAGAUCUGAGUUGGAGGACUUUGCGUUUUUUUUUUUUUUUUUGUGUGUGUGAUUUGAGAAAUCGAAGCGAACUUUUUUUUCGCCCUGUGCAUUUUUACUAAGAAAUUUGUUAACAUCUUUCAAGAUUUCGACAUUUUAAAGGAACGUUAUACCAAAGUCUCACUAAAGCUCCGCUGUGUUCUAGCUUUCUAUGAUAUAUUCUCGAUUUCUUGAAAUUGAAGUACCUCAUUAUUUAUUACUAUAACGAAAAGUCAACAUCGCGUGCAAUCCAAAGGAGUUCAGAACUCUCUCUCUCUCUCUCUCAGACACUGUUUGAUAACACAGCAUAUAUACGCUUUUUAUUCAUUUUGGAAAGUUCACACCUUUAUCCGUAAAAAUCGAGGCGUAAGAAUCUCUGUUUAUUUCUGUUUUUAUUUUUCGCGUGGAUUACUUUUUGCUGCAAAUACCUCAGUUUGACUUCGACCUUCAAAAGUAGCACAGGACAGAAGGCUGGAACGAUGCCAGAUUCACCCGCUGAUGUCAAAACCCAGCCCAGGUCAACUCCACCCACAAUGCCUCCUCCACCCCCUGCUGUCAGCCAGGCAGCCAAUCGCAACGCAUCAUUUACACCCACAACAAUGCUGAACGGGAGCAGUCACUCCCCCACGGCUCUAAACGGAGCUCCCUCAACCCCCAAUGGCUUCAGCAAUGGACCGGCUACUUCCUCUACCGCUUCUCUGCCCACUCAGCAGCUUCCCCCUGCCUGCGGAGCCCGACAACUCUGUAAGCUUAAGCGUUUCCUCACCACACUGCAGCAGUUUGGCAACGACAUCUCGCCCGAGAUUGGAGAACGUGUACGCAGCCUGGUGCUGGGGCUAGUGAACUCAACUCUAACCAUUGAAGAGUUCCACUCCAAACUUCAGGAAGCCACAAACUUUCCCUUGCGUCCCUUUGUCAUUCCAUUUCUCAAGGCUAACUUGCCCCUCCUGCAGAGGGAGCUGCUUCACUGUGCUCGGAUGGCUAAGCAGACUCCAGCCCAGUAUCUGGCCCAGCACGAACAACUGCUGUUGGAUGCCAACGCCAGCUCUCCCCUGGACUCCUCCGAGAUCAUGCUGGAACUCAAUGAGCAUGGCAAGAGACGUACCCCGGACAGGACCAAAGAGAGUGCAGUGGACAGGGAUGGCUUGCACCCAGAGCACCUGGCCAAACGUCCAUGUACAGUGAGCCCCAGUCAGCGCUUCAGUCCAAGCAGUGGUUUACCUGCUCACCCUCCCCCCAACGGCCUACCAACGCACCCACCCAAUGGACUUCCACAUCCUAACCCUCCUGCCCCACAGCACUACCGUUUGGAAGACAUGGCACUUGCCCACCACUACAGAGACGCUUACAGACACGCAGAGCACAGGGACGUCCGGGAUCGUCACCGGCAAACAGCCGUGCAUGGAGCACGUCAAGAGGAAGUGAUUGAUCAUCGGCUGACAGACCGCGAGUGGGCUGAGGAAUGGAAGCACCUCGAUAACUUGCUGAACUGUAUCAUGGAUAUGGUGGAGAAGACGCGGCGUUCCCUCACCGUGCUGCGGCGCUGCCAGGAGGCGGACCGUGAGGAGAUGAACCACUGGAUCCGUCGCUAUAGCGAUGUGGAGGAUAUGAAAAAAGGUGGGAGCUCCACCCAGCGGCCUCCUCCUCUUCCUCCCCACCACAACUCUUCCUCCUCCAACACUCCUAACAGCAGCGACACACAACCGCUAGAAAUCCACAGAGACUUCCUACACCGGCCCCCGUCAGGCUACCUACCCGAGGAGAUCUGGCGGAAGGCUGGUGCUACAAGUAUCCCGCUCUCGCCAGCAUUAAAGCAACUUCAGAACAAGCAGGAGGAGGCAGUAAAUGAAGUGAAGAGACAGGCCAUGUCAGAGCUGCAGAAGGCGGUGUCGGAUGCUGAGAGGAAAGCUCAUGAGAUGAUCUCUGCUGAGCGCUCCAAGAUGGAGAGAGCUCUGGCCGAGGCUAAGAGACAGGCCUCUGAGGAUGCGCUGACUGUCAUUAACCAACAGGAGGACUCCAGUGAAAGCUGCUGGAACUGUGGUCGCAAGGCUAGCGAGACUUGCAGCGGAUGCAACACUGCGCGCUACUGUGGCUCUUUCUGUCAGCACAAGGACUGGGAGAAGCACCAUCACGUAUGUGGCCAGGGCCUGCCCGGGAGUAGCAGCAUGCCACUCGGGACACCAUCUACCACCUCCAUCUCCUCCUCAUCAAGUGUGCCCCCCACACACUCCGAGAGCACCCCUCCAGGCCCCUUGUCCCUGGUAGGGCAAACCAGCAGCAGUGGCAGUCCCAAGGAAGCGAGCUCCAGCAGCGUUUCUCGCUCAACCACUCCAGCAACACCCGCCCUGAUGGAUUCCUCAUCCCGCUGACUGAAGAACCCCAAAUCUUAACCCAUGCUCAGCCACAUCUACUGCUGCUACAGCAUCCUUCAUCCAAAACAAGCAGAGGAACCUCCACCAUACUUAACUUCCUCUCAAAAUGAACUACAGCAACCUGGCUUUCACAUCUACAUUAAGAUCUUUUC